AUGAGCUCUCCGGCAAAAUCACCCACUAGGACGUUUUAUAAUCAUUCGAAUGAUCCCUGGUUCAAGAACCAAUCCAUCGAAUCCUGUGUCACCGUAAAACCAGUACCUGAUUACUUGAAGCAGAGGCAAGGUAAGUUUGGAGAUAAUAAGGCAUCAUCUAAAGAUGAGAGAACUCAAAGGAAGUUGGAGAUGUCUUUAGAUCCACUUGAUCCAGCAAAUUCGCCAAAGCACAUGCGAGGUCCAAAGGCUUUUGGUUCUCUGCCUGUUCCUGUCGUGUAUUUGCUUGAUGUUGCCGUCAAGAAGACAAGAACCAAGAACAAGACUGGACAAUCCGUCCUUGUUUCUCGAGUUGGCAAGGUUGCAAAAGUGCUCAAAGAUGCUGAGCAGAGAGCUGAGGAGGCUAUGUCAAUGAGGUCAGAGGUGAAAAAGGAUCGGAGAUGGAAAAGGAAAGAAAGAAAGAAAGAGAAUUAG